ACAGGAGCAGAGCACACUUAGCAGAAGACGGAAGGCCAGCGCUAGGCAGCCUCUGUGGCUGACAGAGAAGGUCCCCGGCUUCCCUGGUGACUUGUGGUUCCCAGAGGACCCCAGGCUGGCGCGCAUGCGCCUGGGGCUCCUGAUGUUUCUGCCGCCGCUGCUGCUGCUGCUUCUGCAGCCCUACCGGGCAGCGAGAGCCCUUAGCUAUGACCCCACGUGGGAGUCUCUGGACAGCCGCCCGCUGCCAGCCUGGUUCGACCAGGCCAAGUUCGGUAUCUUCAUCCACUGGGGCGUGUUCUCCGUGCCGAGCUUUGGUAGUGAAUGGUUCUGGUGGUAUUGGCAAGAGGAGAAGAGACCCAAGUAUGUGGACUUUAUGAACGACAAUUAUCCCCCUGGUUUUAAGUAUGAAGAUUUUGGAGUGCUAUUUACUGCCAAGUAUUUUAAUGCAAACCAGUGGGUAGAUAUUCUCCAGGCCUCUGGUGCCAAAUAUGUGGUCUUAACUUCCAAACAUCACGAAGGCUUUACAUUGUGGGGCUCAGAGCACUCCUGGAACUGGAAUGCAGUCGAUGAGGGGCCGAAGAGGGACAUCGUCAAGGAGCUUGAGGUGGCUGUGAGGAACAGGAGUGGCUUGCACUUCGGUCUCUACUAUUCCCUCUUUGAAUGGUUCCAUCCGCUCUUUCUGGAGGAUAAAUCCGGCUCAUUCCAAAAGCAGCGAUUUCCCGUUUCUAAGACAUUGCCUGAGCUCUACGAGUUGGUGAACAAGUACCAGCCUGAGGUCCUGUGGUCGGACGGAGAUGGGGGCGCACCAGAUCACUACUGGAACAGCACUGACUUCUUAGCCUGGCUAUACAAUGAAAGCCCAGUUCGGGACACAGUAGUCACCAAUGACCGCUGGGGAGUCGGUUCAAUCUGCAAACAUGGCGGCUACUAUACUUGCAGUGACCGUUAUAAUCCCGGACAUCUUUUGCCACACAAAUGGGAAAACUGCAUGACAAUAGAUAAGUUCUCCUGGGGCUACAGGCGGGAAGCUGAACUUGGUGAUUAUCUUACCAUUGAAGAGUUGGUGAAGCAACUUGUGGAAACAGUCGCAUGUGGAGGAAAUCUUUUGAUGAAUAUUGGUCCCACAGUAGAUGGCACCAUCCCUGUCAUUUUUGAGGAACGAUUAAGGCAGAUGGGCACCUGGCUGAAAGUCAACGGGGAAGCUAUUUAUGCAACACACACUUGGAGGUCUCAGAAUGACACUGUCACUCCUGACGUGUGGUACACAUCUAAACCUGAGGAGAAAUUAGUCUACGCUAUUUUUCUCAAAUGGCCCAUCUCUGGAAAGCUGUUUCUUGAACAACCCAUAGGCACUCUGGGGGAAACAGAGGUAGUACUACUGGGCCAUGGACAGCCACUGACUUGGACAUCUUCAAAGCCCAAGGGCAUUACAGUGGAGUUGCCUCGUCUAUCCGUUCAUCAGAUGCCCUGUAAAUGGGGAUGGACGCUCGCACUAAGGAAUGUGAUCUAAUCUCCAGCAUGCAAAGAUGUGUGCCGCAGAGAGAGAAGCUAGAAACUGAUGCUGCUGUAGAUUGAAUUCUCUCCCAACUCCUAGUCUUCUAUUGAAACCCCACAUGGCUAUAUUUGGAAACAGUCGGUAAGAUUAAACCGUCACAGGGCUGACCCCGAUACCAGUGGACGUGGUGUCUUACCAGGGAGAAACAAUAAAGACGCAAGAGCAAAGGGGGAAAGGAUCCAAAGGCCAAGGGGAAGAGUGCAAAAGAAACCACCUCUCUCAAACACCCUCUUCUUGGUCUUCUGUCCUCCAGGACUGUGAGGAAACAUAACUUCCGCUUUUGAAGCCAUCCAGGAUGUCUUUGGUCUCCCCCAUACCCCCAUCAUAAAU